CUCAUCUCAAUUCGCACAGAGGCUCAGUUUCUAAUAAUAUGACGACAUGCACAUGUAGCAAGGCUUAGCAAGUGCCUGACCUAUCCUCAGGCUUGUGGACGCAUCUGAGUGCCACUUUGCUAUCUCAAUUGGGAACCCAAUGGAGGCAGUGGCGACAGGUACAAGUACUGCCUCUGAUCUCUGUGUUCCUUUUUGUUUUCAAUUCAUCAAACAACGUCCUCUUUCAAGCUUCAAUUGAAGCCUCAAUCGCUCAGCGAAUCAAUUCAAAGUUAUGCUAGACGCAACUACAAACACUGCAAUAACGGGAGGAGCUCCCAGUGAGCAAGAACUCAAUUGCACAACAUGCCUUGCUCACUUCGAGACUAAGGAGAUGAAGAGAGAUCAUAUGAGAGCAGCGUGGCAUGUCUACAACCUGAAACGCAAGAUCGCCUCUCUUCCUCCCAUCUCUCUCAAGAUCUUCGAGACACAAGUGCGGACCUCGGAGUCGGGGAGCGAGGAUGAGAAGUGGGGCACUAGCUCCAAGGCACCGAAGCAUGUUCUGAGAUCCGAUCAGCUAGAGUCGGAAGCACCAGAGGCUCUUGCCUCAGUCAGCCUACUCUCGUCUAACGAUGAAGAGGGUUUUGAUGGGACACAGUGUUUAUUCAGGACGCAUACGAUGUUGUUGGUAGAGGACAUGAUGAGGAUAAUCUCUGAGGACAAGCCUCUCAAAGAGUGAUUGGUUCAAAUCGUAGCCGUCCCCCUUCUCUACAGCAAGAUCGUGGUGCACCUUAGGCCGAAGCUACUUGUGAUCGCCAAUUAAGAUCAACUAUUUGGUUUCCGGUCCCAAGCGGUGAGAUAGACUAGAGAGCCUAAAUAUAC